AUGGCUAGGUUUCUUCUAAUAUCAGAUAAUGCGCUAACAAUGGAGCAAUUUUUGUUCAUGACCACAUCGGCAUUCGCCGUUUUUAUUCUACUCCUGAUCUCUACAUCCAUACCAUACACUUUUUUGAGGACAUGCUGUGUAAAUGCUUCAAAAACGUCAAUAUCAUUUCUCGGAUGUGCUUCGUGCGGUGUUUUCAUAGCCACGUGUUUUCUGGGACUUGUUCCUCACGUCAGACAUCAAGAAAUGGGUUUAAGAGGGAAUCAGACUGUAGUUGAUAGUUAUGGAUGGAUUCCAUCUACUGAUCAACUAGUCAUUAUCGGAUUUCUCAUUAUUCUCAUUACUGAGCAAGUUAUUCAUGGAAUUGGGCACUCAAUAGGAGGAGGGCAUUCUCAUUCAGGGCACAGUCCAUUGGCAACUGGUGAAUCAAUGAAAAUGAACAAAUUUCACGAUGAAGAAGAAGGAGAAGAUCAUGUUCCUCUAGUAGCAACUGAUGAUGAUGCAGAUGAUAUUGUUUUCAGAGCGAAUACAAGCCCUCAUCACCGUGCGUCUUCUUCUUCCGGUCAUUGUCGAUCAUCUCCUGGUGGAUCAAUGAAUAUCCGUGUAUGGUUUCUACUUCUCGGAAUGUCAGUUCACUCAUUUUUCGAAGGAGUUGCUCUUGGUGUUCAAAACGAUACGAACGCAUUCUGGCAGAUUCUCAUUGCCGUAUUAUUUCAUGAAGUUCUUUGCUGUGUUUCCUACGGAGUACAGCUGGCUAAGCACAAUGCAUCGAGAAAAUACGCUUGGACUUCAUCUAUCUUUUUGUCGGCAACCAUUCCAGCUGGAAUGAUUUUGGCCACAAUGAUCGAUGGGAUAGAAAAUGACAUGUGGCAGAGGAUCGGUCGAUAUUGGCUUGAAGGUCUUGCAGCUGGAACAUUUGUUCAUGUAGCACUUGUGGAAUUGCUUCCAAUGGAGUUGCACUCGGAGGAUGACGGAGAAGGCGGUCAUGGACAUAGUCAUAAUGUGAUAGCCGACACCUCACAUGGACAUUCGAAAACGGCCUCAUCCCAUUGGCUUUCAUUAGUUAAAUCGCUUUUUGUAGCAGCUGGAAUAGGAAUAUUUGUCGUCAUCAAGUCAAUGAUUGGAGAUCAUCACUGA